AUGCACUAUGUUGGUACUUUGGAGGAUGGAACAAAGUUCGAUUCUUCGUAUGAUCGAAAGAAACCUUUUGAAACAAAGAUUGGCGUGGGACAAGUGAUUCGAGGCUGGGAUGAGGGUGUUCCGCAAAUUAGUCUCGGAGGAAAAGCCAAACUUAUCAUCACGCCAGAUUACGGAUACGGAAAACGAGGAGCUGGCAAUGUGAUCCCACCUAAUGCCACUCUUAUCUUUGAAGUUGAACUCCUCGGUAUCUCUUAA